AUGAGUGAGAGAUGGGACUCAAACUCUUCAGAAAACUGGCAUGACAUUUGGAGUGUCAAUGACACAAAGUAUCACCUAUACUCAGAUAUCAAUAUCACCUAUGUGAACUACUAUCUUCACCAGCCUCAAGUGGCAGCAAUCUUCAUUAUUUCCUACUUUCUGAUCUUCUUCCUGUGCAUGGUGGGAAAUACAGUGGUUUGCUUUACUGUAAUGAGGAACAAACAUAUGCAUACAGUCACUAAUCUCUUUAUCUUGAACCUGGCAAUAAGUGAUUUACUGGUUGGCAUAUUUUGUAUGCCUAUCACGCUGCUGGACAAUAUCAUAGCAGGAUGGCCCUUUGGAAGCACAAUGUGCAAGAUCAGUGGAUUCAUCCAGGGAAUAUCAGUUGCGGCUUCAGUCUUUACUUUAGUUGCGAUAGCUGUGGAUAGGUUCCGGUGCAUUGUCUACCCUUUUAAACCAAAGCUCACUAUCAAGACAGCAUUUGUCAUUACUGUGAUCAUUUGGGUCCUGGCCAUUGCCAUUAUGUCCCCAUCUGCAAUAAUGUUACAUGUACAAGAAGAAAAAUAUUACCAAGUGAGACUCAGCUCCCAGAAUAAAACCAGUCCAGUCUACUGGUGCCGGGAAGACUGGCCAAAUCAGGAAAUGAGGAAGAUCUACACCACUGUGCUGUUUGCCAACAUCUACCUGGUUCCCCUGUCCCUCAUUGUCAUCAUGUAUGGAAGGAUUGGAAUUUCACUCUUCAAGAUGCAGCCCCCCCACACAGACAAACGGAACCAGGAACAGUGGCACAUGGUGUCGAAGAAGAAGCAGAAGGUCAUUAAAAUGCUCCUGAUCGUGGCCCUGCUUUUUAUUCUCUCCUGGCUGCCUCUGUGGACACUGAUGAUGCUCUCAGACUACACUGACCUGUCCAAUGAACUGCGGGUCAUCAACAUCUACAUCUACCCUUUUGCACACUGGCUGGCCUUUUGCAACAGCAGCGUCAAUCCCAUCAUUUAUGGUUUCUUCAAUGAGAAUUUUCACCGUGCGUUCCAAGAUGCUUUUCACCUCCAGCUCUGCCAAAAAAGAGCAAAACCCAAGGAAACCUACACCCUAAGAGCUAAAGACAAUGUGAUUAUAAAUACAUCUCAUCAGUUAGCCCAGGGACCUACUGUUCAAAAUUCACAUGAGGAAAAUUUGCCGUGUAGGAAAAGUGCUGAAAAACCCAAACAAGAAUUGACGAUGGAAGAAUUAGGGGAAGCUAUCCACAGCAAUGAGAUUUUAAAAGAGCUGGUAUGA